AUGCCAGAAGAACCCGACGCACCUCCUGUCACAGUGGUCGCUCUUCAGCGGUACUUGUCUGAUCCAGCAGACGCUCAGCUGCUGCCUGAUGACAGCUACAGCUACGAUGUGACCAUCACAGACGGAGACAUCAGUGCACUUCCUCUACUAAUCAAGCAUGGCAUGGAGAGGAGCCUGUCUUUGCAAGGUGAUGUGCCACUUCAACUGAACCGUAAGCACUACCUCCCACUGUGGAAUAAUGAUGACCCAGAGGGAGCAGUGUGGGCCUCGGAGUCCCCCUCAGAGAACACUGUGCUUGAUGUGUCCAAGAUCACGUUUCUAUGUCAUCUGGAAGCACAGUUUCAAAAUCGACAGAAAACAUUCCCUCUUCUUGUAAAAAUAAUUCAAAAAUCCAGAGUAAGAUAUUAUGGAAAGUAUGGGCUCAAGGUGGAUUAUCCUUAUCAGGCCUAUUUUGAGGUGGCAGAUCAGAGUGGCACCAUGUCCCUUGUUCUGUGGAAUGACCUUUGUCCAGAGUUUUAUCAAAGACUUCAUGUGGGCACAGUGCUGUACCUUCAAAAUUACGCUCUGAAACAAAGUUAUCAGAACAGGACGCGCCCACACAUGGACCAUUACAGAGUAAAGGCUUUUAACUCUGUGGAAAUCUGCCUGAACCCACAUAAUCCAGUUUCCCAUAUAACUAUAAUUUCUCCGAAGAGUGUGCUGUCUCAGUGGGGAUUACCUGAAGUUUCAUUCCAGUUCACCACAAGAUCAGCAUUGAAUCAACUAUCAAACAAUUCUGUUUGCGACAUUAUUGGUUUGGUAACAUUUGUGGGGCGUGUGGAAAGAGUUAGAAGUAAAACCAAAAAAGGUCUUCCAGAGAAAUUCUGGACUUAUCGGUGGAUUCAUGCAGUAGAUGGCACAUCAGAUUGUCCUUUCAUUAUUGAAAUGUUUUCAACUUCGCAGCCAGAAAUAUUUCAUCACAUUUGUCCAAUGACGUAUCUGGUUUGCAACCAAAUGCGAGUUUGUCACGUUGAUGGAGGGUUGCCUUACCUCACCAGCAGUUGUGAGACACAGUUAUUCAUAACAGGUUACCACAAAGGGCAGCCAUACGUAAGUGAGCCUAAAGUAAAAAGCUUCAUUCAGUGGACCAAGACUCUGAAAGAUGACAUGAUCCUCAAGAAAACAACCGUUGGUGGAUAUUAUACCUAUCCUCCAGCUCCUAAAAUAUACACCCAGUCCUUUGAAGAUGCAUCAGCACAAGUUCCACUAGUUGCGGCCGCUGACCUAAAGAAGGAGUUUGAGACGCUUCAGUACAGAGAACAUAAGAGACUUGCUGUUCAAGGCCAGAUUAUGGCAGUGCAGUUUGUAAAACACCAAACAUCAGACAAUGCUCUAUGUGGAACAGCAGAACCAGAGGGUUCGGUUACGUUGACCCAUAUGUUUGAAGAUGGACCAGGUUCCAGAACUGAGGCUGGUAUAAGUUUAGACCAAACUAACAGGAAAAGAAGAGGUGCACAACAGUCUCCAGAGGAUACAAUCACACAGACUAAAAAAAGCGUCAGACAGGAGAAUACAAUGGGCGAACAAGUUGAAAACCUGACUGACAAUUCUACAAGAGAUUUUCAAAGUGAAGAAUCUGGUGGUGCAUCCUGGGAAAGUAGCAAUUGGCUGACGCAAAAGCUGAAUGUGUCGGAGCAUUUACAUCGAGGCAUGGUUUAUGACGACAGCAUUUCACGCGCAUUCACUUUUGAGGACAAGGAUUCCCUUUUGCACUGGAGCAACCUUCACCCAGCACGGUGGUCCUCGGAGCACAUAACAGACUCUGUUGCACCUGCGGCUUUUCCUGGCUACUACCGAGUUACCAUUUUAGGUUUGAACAGGCACUUAGCGGUGGAUGCAGCCUAUGUUCCUGUGGUGCACUCCGAUGAUCCUCGUGCAGUGGGGCUGUUACAGGACCCCCACGGUAACAGCAUGCUCUCCUGCCUCUCCUCUGGCUUCCUGUGCCCACUCAGCUCUGAUCCAAGUCCAUCCACACACCCACGGCCAGAGGAGGUUUUGGAAACGGCCGGAGAGCUGGACGGUUUAAAUGUCGUGUGUGUCCUGGACCUGUGUCAUCUCAGGGGAGACGAUGUGGAAGUCAUCCUCCACAAAGUCUACAGAGCCACUGAGACGAUAUAG